AUGGUGCUAAAGAAUAGUAGCAAUGACAAAAAACAAUUCCAGCAGCAGCAGCAAAAACAACAACAACAGAAACAUCGAUAUAGUUUGAGAAACGAGUUGCUCAAUGAGAAAUAUGAUGAGAUGAAAGAAAAGCUGAACAUUGUUACGAAAUCAUCAAUGUCAGCAAAAGAGGCUGCCGACCAACUUGAGAUAUUACUUGUAAAAGAAGAGAAAGACAAAGAGAGGCUUGAAGCAGACCUCCGAGAAUUACGGUCAUUGAAAUAUCGAAAGGAACAAGAAUUAAAAGCUAAUCAAGAUGACUUGAAAGUUCUUGAAAUGAAAGCAAAUAAUUCUCGAGUGGCAAUCCGUAACAUGGAAAAUAAAAUAUACAAACUUGACCAAGAUGCUUUGAAGCAAGAAGCUCUUCUUUAUACACAGGAUUUAGCUAUUGAUAGCUUGAACAAAAGGAUUGCCAGCAUGGAGGGGGAGGUUGAUUUGGAUGAUCUUAAUCAAAAGAAAGCUGAUAUCAAAUCUCUUACUGAAACACUCGAAGAAAAAAAGGCAACUCAUAGAAUGCUGGAAAGCCAACUAAAUAGAUUAAAGGAUGAUACAUUCAAAAUUGAAUCUGAAAUAUCGAAACAUUCUAGUGAAAUGGAGGAUCUGAUAAAGAAGAUUUCUGACAUAAAACUAUUCAAUGACAGCUCAGAUAAUUUACUCAAGAAGAAUACAAGAGACAAUCAGGAAUUAUUGGUAAAAGAGAAUAUGGAAAAAGCAGAAGUGAAACGACUCCAGAAGCUGUUAUAUGAUGAAGCAUUUAAAGUUCUUACACAGGAAGAAAGAAAACUUCAAAUUGAAACGGUUAAAAAAGAGCGUAAACAUGAAAUAAAGAUUCAUAAUGACAUGCUGUUAUCACAAAUAAAAGUUGUGGAGACUGAGCGACAGACUAUCAGUAUGGAAUUACAUGAACGGCAGGCAAAACUUAAGAAACUGGGAGCCCGGCAUGAAAUCUUAACUUCAGCAAUGGCACCGUCUGAUGGGGAAGAAGAAAAAUCUCAAGCUUACUAUGUCAUCAAGGCUGCCCAAGAAAAAGAAGAACUUCAAGUAAUCGGAGAUGAGCUGGAUGCAAAAAUACAUAAAGCAGAAAAAGAAAACCGGGCCCUUGAUAAUACUAUCAAAUUAUUGAAUUCCAGCAAUGAAAGUUACCGAAAGUCUUUCAAUCGAGUUGAAGAGAACUCUCAUGAAAUGGAAGAAAAGAAAACUCUGGAUGACAAAUUGCAUGCUGUCCAAGAUGAGCUUCGUCUGAAAAGGCGCCAAUGUAAAGAACUCAAUGAAGAUUUGGAAGUAAGUUUGUUUAUAUAAAUGAAAAUAGAGGACAUUAUAGUGAAAUC